AUGGUCACCGAAGCCGACUUGAAGCCCUGGCUCCGUAGCCCCGUCCGACGAUACGUCCUCACCAACGCCACCAUCGUCGACGUGACAGACGGCAGCCUGCGCCCCAACGCGGCGAUUCAGCUCAAAGAUGGCUACAUAGAUACAAUCACCGACUCGACAGACUCAGCAAUCAAGACCGCUGUGGAACAAGGCUUCGAGGUGAUUGACUGCUCCGGCAAAUUCAUCUGCCCGGGCCUCAUCGACUCACACGUCCACUUCGUCGCGGUCCCUGGAUUCGGCGACCUUUCUAAAGCAUUCGGCAACGCCAACGAUGUCUCACUUCUUCGCCAACCAUACGUCGCCGCACAGAUGCUACAUCGCGGGUUCACGAGUGUGCGAGACUGCGGCGGUGCGCAGCAGGCACUGAAGGAAGCUAUCAACGACGGUGUCUUUCCCGGCCCGAGGCUCUUCAUCGCGGGACAUGCCCUGUCGCAAGCGGGCGGCCAUGGGGACAUCCGUGGUGUUCACGAUCACUCCGAGUGCUGCGGCGGGUCAACAAACGGGCUCGGAAGGCUAUGCAACGGCGUACCGGAGUGCAUGACCGCCGUCCGAGAAGAGAUCCGCGGCGGAGCCGACUUUAUCAAGAUCAUGGGCUCCGGCGGUGUUUCGACACCAACCGACAGAAUCGACCACCUCCAAUUCACCGGCGCUGAGAUCCGAGCCAUGGUCGAAUGUGCCUCGAACGCGGGCACCUACGUCACAGCCCACGCAUACACAACGAAAGCUAUUCGGCAUUGUAUCGAUAACGGUGUGCGGGGGAUUGAGCACGGCAACUUUGUCGAUGCUCCUACGGCGAAGCUCAUGGCGGAGAAGGGCGUCUAUCUUACUCCCACCCUCAUCACAUACGCUCAGAUGGCGUCGCCGAAGUGGAAGGGCUAUUUGCCGCCCGAAUCCAUGUCGAAGAACGAGGAGGUGCUCAAUGCCGGGUUGGUGGCGCUCAAGACUGCGUACGACGCCGGUGUGACCAUUUGCUUCGGUACAGACCUUCUUGGGCCGCUCGGAGCAGCGCAGUCGUUUGAGUUCUCGUUGAGAAGCAGAGCUGUCCCAUCGCUAGCUGUGCUGCAGAGUGCGACGCUGAAUGCCGCAAAGAUGGCCGGCAGAAAGGAUUCGCUGGGUCAGAUUAAGGAGGGCUUCGAGGCAGAUCUUCUCAUCAUAGACGCCAACCCUGUCGAGAAUGUAUCCAUAUUUGAUGACCCCGAGGCUCACGUGUUUGGUGUCUUGAAAGAAGGCAGGAUAUACAAGAGCAGAUGGAGCGGUCUGGUCGAGGAUGCCACAGUACCCGUCAGAAUCAAGCCGGCGUUGUGA